AUGGCUUGGUGUGAACCGGAAAUUAUGUGCGAGAAGCAUCCAAAUCAAAGGCAACAGCCCGGAUUUUGCUCAUCUUGUUUAAACGAAAGACUUGCCAAGCUGCCAUCCUUUACAUUUUCCAUGGCUCCUUCACGUUCUUCUUCUUCACUUUCUUCAUCACCUGCCUUCAAUUCUUCUGCAUCUUCAUCCACAUGUACAUCCCCAACUCAUCAUCGUGCAAAUCAUCACCAUCGAACCACUUCAACAGGGCUUAAUCCCUUUAUGAUUCAUGGCAAACAUGGGUUGAUGAGAAAGAGCAAAUCAAUAGCUUAUGUUGCGAGAAGACGAGCUAGAAGUGGCUUGGAUGGAAAGAAGAAAGAAGGGUUUUGGUCCAAGUUGAUUCGAUCCACAAGUGUGAAGACUAAAGGGGUUUUAGUGCGUUCCAAGACUGGUAAAGAAAGAUUUGAGCAUUAG